AUGAAAGUCUUCCUUUUCCUACUACUUGUGUCCUUGGCAAGUGGUUUCCUUCCCUUCAAUGAUGGCAUUCGGAUAAGAUCCUCUCUGGUUGUCGCGGUGAGCGAUAGUGAUUAUGAGGACGAGUCACAAUCGUCUUCCAAACGAAUUCGAAGGCCAACACGCAUCCGACCAAAGCGUCCUUCCAAGGUAGAUGGUGGCAGUGGUGGAAAUAUCGAAAGUCGUAUUAAAGAGGCCCAAGCACGGCACCAAGAGGCUCUACAAGAUCCCACCCUGUUAUCAAAUACAAAGUUUAGUGACCGCUCGGACAUUAAUCCUGCUCUGAAAAGGGGCAUCACGGAAGUUCUGGGGCUUCAAACGAUGACACAGAUCCAGGCCAAAGUAUAUCAAGAAGCUCUCAGUGGAGAUAGCAUCUUAGGACGAUCCAAAACAGGGACAGGGAAAACCCUUGCUUUUCUUUUGCCUGUGGUCGAGCGGUUAUUAGCGUUUGAUCCGGACAUGUACCGUCCAGGGAAAAACAUUGGUAUCAUCGUCGUAGCGCCAACUCGAGAGCUUGCCAUUCAAAUUGCAGAUCAAGCAAAAAGUCUUACGACCUACUUGAAUGACUUUGAAGUCGCAUGUAUAUAUGGUGGAACCAAGAUGCAGCGCGAUAUGCGGAUGUUGAGCCCUCGGCUGCCGAGCAUACUCGUCGCCACUCCAGGCCGUCUUCUCGUACACUUGGAAAACACAAGGGUCGAGAGGCAAAAGUUCAGCGACAUUGCAGAAGACACGAAUAUCAUUGUUCUCGAUGAGGCCGAUCGACUAUUCGAAAGCUUUCCAAAGGAAAUUAAUACGAUACUAUCCUUUCUCCCGAGAGCAACCAAGCGACAAACAUUACUAUUCUCAGCUACCAUGCCAAAGAGAUUCCGAUUUUUUCUGAGAGAAAACAUGAAGAUCGACUACAAGGAAAUAGACUGCGUGGAGAGCGAUCGAUCAUCUAGAAAAUCAGAGACAAACCUACGAGCUCAACAGUUCUUUCACCAGCUAGACAGUAUGGAGCACUACGUCCCAGCGCUGGUUGGGUUAAUCCAAAGAGAGAUGAAAAAAGAGAAGGAUUACAAAAUAAUUGUCUUUUUUCCCGCUGGAAGAUUGGUAAGGUUUUUCUCUCAGUUUUUCAGCAUUGGACUUGAGAUUCCAGUUCUUGAGAUUCACUCUCGAAUGUCUCAAGCGUCUCGGAAUCGAGCGAGUACCACAUUCCGCAAUAUGAAACGAGGGAUCCUCUUCACAAGUGAUGUUUCGGCUCGAGGCAUUGACUACCCAGGAAUUUCGUUGGUUGUCCAGUAUGGCACUCCUUCGAGCAGAAGCAACUACAUCCAUCGCCUUGGACGCACAGCACGUGCAGGCAGACAGGGGCAAGGAUUACUUAUCGCCCUUCCUUUUGAAGAGAAGCAGUUGGAUUCUAUUACCCGAUUUGACCUACAUUUAGACUCAGGGGACUUUUCUGCGCUUGAUCACAAAACGAAUGAAAUGGUCGAGACUGCAAAGUCCAAGAUAAAAAGUGGACAUGCCGUUCUCACAACCAACGCUGAAGCAGCAUGCAAGGCUUUUCUCUCGUACUAUAGUGGUUAUGGGAGUUUGAAGCCAGCAGACGUAGUCAGAUAUAGUGAGGAAUUUGCCCUUGGUAUAGGAUUGUCUACUGUUCCACCGGUUGAAUCCAAAGUCGCAGAAAGACUUGGUGUGCAAGGUCUUGUAAACGAAAUAUAG